AUGGCUUUGGGGGCGAACAGACAAGAAAAAGUCAGACUCAAUCUUCGGGGAGUCUUAUAUGAAACACAACGUACCACAAUUUCUUCAUUUCCUAAUACAUUGCUGGCCUCUCUCGAUUGCGAUUCUGAAUACUGGGAUGCUGAACGUGAUGAAUAUUUCUUCGAAAGAGAUCCGGGAGUCUUCAACUCAGUUCUUAAUUUCUACACAACGCAUGAGCUUCAUCUCCCAAAGAAUAUCUGUGGCACAGUUUUUCGCAAGGAAGUAGAGUUUUGGAAAAUCCCUGUUUCUUACAUUUCUGAAUGUUGCUGGAAGAACUAUUAUGACGUUGAGGAAACAGCAGAAAUAAUGGGUGUUAUAAAGAAAGUUGGUGAGGAUGUCGUGCAUUCCUCAAAACAGGACUAUGGGAAUAUCAAUUGUAAUAGUACCAGGUACCGGAUAUGGGUUGCCCUUGACAACCCGAAUGUGUCAAAGGCCGCAAUGGUCUGGAACUUGCUGUAUAUGAUGGUGGUUAUCGUCAGUACUCUCGUAUUCUUCCUGGCAUCGAUGGAAGAAUACCGAUCUGAUCUCUACCUCUCAACUCUUAAAGAGGUACAUGUUAAUUAUACCAUACCUUCGAAGAAGCUUCGAAUUUACUACUUAAAAGACAUGGACCCUAUACUGUUCAUCACUGAAUACAUCUGUAUGUUCAUAUUCACUAUAGAAUUACUUCUGUAUGUCGUGGUGUGCCCAUGUCGAAGGCAGAUUAUCUACAGUCCUAUGAAGGUUCUUACCAUGCUAUUGGUAUUGAGUAUGUGGGUGUCAUUUAUAUUUGAAUUUUACAAAGGGAUGAUGAUUGGGUCUCAGAAUACCGCUAUAUGUUUUAUGGUAUUUCGAUUCAUUACUGUAUUAAGAGUGGUAUUAAUUCUAAGACUAGAAAGACACUUUUACGCAUUUCGUGUCUUGUUACAUGCGAUUAGAGCCAGCCUGGAAGAGUUAUUUCUCUUAUGUUUAGCGUUUGGUGUUGCAACUGUCAUUUUCGCGUGUGCUAUAUUCUAUGCUGAAAUAUUUGAUGAUGAUACAUAUGAUAACCUAUUCCUAGCGAUGUGGUGGGUCGUUAUCACGAUGACAACAGUCGGAUAUGGAGACAUCUUUCCCACUACGUCGAUGGGAUACGUUGUGGGGGUAUCAUGUGCCAUUUUUGGAAUCUUAAUUAUUGCAUUGCCUAUUGCCGUUAUUGCCUCCAACUUUGCCAGUUUUUAUUCCUGUAACAACUUUAGAAUGCGGCAUUUGAAACACGUACGCGAGGAAAGGAAUUCACAUUAA